UACACACACAUACAGCUCUAGUGAUUCAACCCUGAUUUCCAACGAACGAGCGAGCAACAGACGGGAUGCCAAAAAGUGAAGACCGGAGGAGAGGUUAUACUCGCUGAAUGAGCCUCCCGAAGAGAUAGCCAGGGAAGCAGAAGCAACUAAACAAGAAGAAACCGCGUUGUUUCUCCGCGGCAACUUGCGCACAGUGCCAGAGUUUUAGCGGCAGUAUUGUUCUGACUUCACUCCAGAGGGGCCACUCCGAGGAGAGAGACGCACACAAAAGGGAAAAGGAAAGGACUAACGACCACGCUUUGUCGCUUAAAGUAAUGGUCCUGCGGUCUUAGUUCCUAGAUUUCUCUGUCUCUCCCUCUCUUUCCUCUCUGUUCUUUUCCAUUUUUUUUUUCGUCCCGUCGGUUUGUGUCCCCUUUGUCGCCGUGAGAGAGUGGACGCGUCGGGGUCUGAGGAGCAGAAGCGGGCUGUCCACAUGGUCCAACCACUGGCGUGAAAGUUGACUUCUUCAGAAACCAAGAGAACAGGUGCCAGUGAUGAUGGUGGAAUCAGCUUCUGAGACCAUUCGAACAACACCGUCCAACCAGAACGGAGUCAGCAGCCUUAGCAGCCAGUCAGAUGGAGGGGGAGGUAGAGAGGGUGGGUCCAACGGAGACACCAAUGGAGAGAUCAGCCCGGUCGACUUACUGCAUCUACAACAGCAACAGGCACUCCAGGCAGCCAGACAGUUCCUCCUCCAGCAGGCCUCUGGCCUCAACUCCCCUGGCAGCAACGAGGUCAAGCAGAGCCCAGUGCAGGUGCCUGUGUCCAUGGCUAUGAUGAGUCCACAGAUGAUCACUCCUCAGCAGAUGCAACAGAUCCUUUCUCCCCCUCAACUCCAGGCCUUGCUGCAGCAACAGCAAGCUCUUAUGCUACAGCAGUUACAGGAGUACUACAAAAAGCAGCAGGAGCAGUUACAUCUCCAGCUUCUGACUCAGCAGCAGCAGCAGCAGCAGCAGCAGCAGCAACAGCAGCAGCAGCAGCAACAGCAACAGCAGGCUGGGAAGCAAGCAGCAAAAGAGCAGUUAGGCAGUAAGCAGCUGGCCUUCCAGCAGCAGCUGAUCCAAAUGCAGCAGCUUCAGCAGCAGCACAUCCUCAACCUCCAGAGACAAGGCCUGGUUCCGUUGCAGCCCACCGCCGCCAUGCAAUCUCUGCAGCAAGCGAUGUGUCCGUCAGACCUCCAACAGCUGUGGAAGGAAGUGUCGGGGGUGCCGAGCAGCGAGGAGGCCCUCAAACAGGCCGAGGGCCUGGACUUGAGCACCAACAGCUCCAAUUCUACCUCAGCCUUCCCCAAAGCUGCCAGUGCUCACAUUCCUCUGCACAGCCUGCCCAAUGGACAGAGCCACACCCCAAAGAGAGACAGAGCCAGACUGUUUGAGUGGAUAUCAUCCUUCACCAAGGCAGACAGCGGAGAUGACCAUGUCCCUCUUUACCCCAAAGGCAGCCAACCUCCCAGCAGCCAUCAUGAGGAGCAUGCUGGCUCCCAUCCGCUCUACGGCCAUGGAGAGUGUAAAUGGCCUGGCUGUGAAGCACUGUGUGAGGACAUGGGACAGUUUAUCAAGCACUUGAACAAUGAGCACGCCCUGGAUGACCGCAGCACUGCUCAGUGCAGAGUACAGAUGCAGGUGGUUCAGCAACUGGAGAUACAGCUGGCAAAAGAGAGUGAACGACUUCAGGCCAUGAUGACCCACCUGCACAUGCGCCCCUCGGAGCCAAAGCCUUUUAACCAACCUCUGAACCUGGCUUCCAGUGGCUCCCUUUUAAAGCGGGACAGUGAGGUCUACCCAGAGGGUCUUCCUCACCCCCCCACCUCAGCUGCCACCCCAAUCACCCCUCUGCGCCAGGGACCCUCUGUCAUCAGCUCUUCCAGCCUGCACGCACACUCCCACUCCCACACGCACGCCGUCGGACCCAUACGUAGGCGCAACUCCGACAAGUACUGCACCCCUAUCGCCUCAGAGCUCGCUCAGAACUGUGAGUUCUACAAGAACGCUGAUGUCAGGCCUCCCUUUACUUACGCCUCUCUAAUACGUCAUGCCAUUCUGGAGUCUCCAGACAGACAGUUGACUCUCAAUGAGAUCUACAACUGGUUUACACGAAAGUUUGCCUAUUUCAGGAGAAAUACAGCCACGUGGAAGAAUGCUGUGCGCCACAACCUGAGUCUGCACAAGUGCUUUGUUCGUGUUGAGAACGUCAAGGGCGCUGUGUGGACUGUGGAUGAAGUUGAAUACCAAAAGAGGAGACCACCAAAGAUGACCGGAAGUCCCACUCUGGUGAAAAACAUGAUUUCAGGCCUGGGCUUUGGUUCCCUAAACGCCAGCUACCAGGCGGCUUUGGCAGAAAGCAGUCUGUCCUUGCUGAACAGCCCUCCCUUGAUGACCCCGCCAUCUGCAGCCAGCCUGAACAUGCUUCAUGUGGGCCAUGAUGAUGUCAGCUCAACGGUGGAGCAGGUCAACAGCAAUGGUAGCUGCAGCCCAACACUCAGCCCUCAACAGUACAGCCACCCGGUUCAUGUGAAGGAGGAGCCCACUGAGUUGGAAGAGGACAGUCGGCCAGUAUCCCUCCUUGCUGGCGUCACACACAGUCUGCCACUGCCCAGUGACGAGCGUGACCUGGAGGAGGAUCUUCCCACCGAGGAGCUGGAGUAGGACAGAUCCACUGCGGAGCAGAGGGAUGGGACUUUCACAGAUCAAUCCCCAAGCCCUCUCGCCAGUGUGAAGAGGAAAAGAUAGCAACAGUACACUCAUAAGCAAAGAGAAAAGAGAGAAAAAAAGAGAAUGUUUUUGUUUGUUUUUAAGAAAAUUCAAGCAACCAAGGAUGACAUUGAAAAAAAAACAGGGUUAGAUGAAUUUUGUUACUUUCAGACGCAAAAAGAAGACUGUGGAGCACUGCUUUACCUCCAUGUGUUGCUUUUACAACACUUGGCUCAGAGGUGUAACACCACUUAAUACACACUCACAUAAAACACAUGCACACACACACUCGUUUACUUGUCAAACCAUGUUUUGUCACCCUCCCUGGAAAAAUCACCCGAUAUGUAGAGACCCCGAUAGGUGUGGACACACACUCUCCAUCUUGCAUACACCCUCCUAUCUGUGGUCUCUGACUGCCAUUUUGUCUUAGUGGAGAAGACACACAGAUGUGUGUGUUUGAAAGAAGAAGACACACACACACACACAUAGGGUCAUGUGUAUAUAGAUUUGGAGCAGUCACCAGUGGCGACAUACCCCUCCUUCUUCUCCUCUUUGAAUCAGUCCCUUGCUUUUUUUUUUUAAUUUUCAUCAAUUUGAUUAAAAUGAAACCGAUGGGCUUCGAGAUGGGGAGGAAAGAAGAGAGUUUCAAAGAUUACCUCCAACACUUGUGCACCUGUGUGUGUGAGCGCGCAACAAGGCUGACCGGACUGAAGCGGUGUGACCCUGGUCCCUGCCCAAACCUCUGCCAGCAGGAAGACACUUAGCGUGGGACAUUGUUUAAAACUCUUUUCUUCUAAGUAGAAAAAAGGAAAGAAGACUUUUUCACCCCACCACCCCACCCACCCCCAUCCCCAAGAAGACUGCAGGAAUAGGACCGUAUGGUGCUGUCCUUCUUCUCUGCUCCAUCUGCAGAUGGAGUGAUAAGCAUUGAACAUUUUGGAGAAAAAGAAGGGGAAGCAGUGACAAACGAGGGAGGAUGCGUCUACAGAAACUUUGUGACUAAAAAAAACAAGAAAAAAGAAAACUGUUGAUUAUGGAAUAUAACAAGAAAAAUGUGUGGUAGCUUUUGUCAUUUCUUUGUUUUUUUUUUUUUUAUUUUGAUGUUAUUAUCAUUGUUUAUUUUUGAGGAUCAAUAUUUCCAAGGUGGAGUUCUGUUUUGACGUACCUUUUCUACAGAUGCUGUUUUUGUUUUUGUAUUGUGUUUGAUUUACUGUGGUUGUUCACACCAUUCCAAAUAAGUAUUGGCAAAAAAAACAAACAAAAAAAAAACUACAUCAACAACAAGCGCAGUAUUGUCCCAACCUUACCUGUCCCUGUCCCAAGUGUAGCAGGCAAAAUUGGAAAAAGCACUUAAAAGUUGCCACUAUCCAGACAGAUUAUUUAACAGCUGAAUCUUUUUUUUUCUUUUAAUUCUCUCACUCUCACUUGUUUUUUUUUUUUCUUUUUGUUUAUUUGGUGUAUUUAGUUGAAAAAUAUCUGUAAUGCUUUAAAAGAAAUAUAGAAAUAUAUAUUAUUACUGCAGUCAGAGAAUACCUCAUCCCACAAAGGUUCUGCCCAGAACUGUGUCCAAAUUGAUAAAGAACUUAGGGGGAAUUCUUUCUGUGGGACACCAAAUGUGGCAACUCUGCUCAGCUUCGAUUCAAAGCUCUAUGGUUGUUAUGGUUACUGUGUAGAAACUAUCUGCAUUCACUGUGUGAGUUUGUGUUAAAGGAAUAGUAUGUGAGAUUUGUUUCUUUGUUUUCUGUGAGCAUCAAAGCAUUACUUUUCUCUACAGUGCCAUACCAAAUUUAACAUUUAUUUUAAUCUAUUAUCUGCUUAUUCCCAUUUAUUUUUGUUACAGGUAACCAAAGAAAUAUGUAGAAAACCAAAAACCCCGUUGUUUAAUUUGCCCUUUGUCUUUAUAUCUUUUUUUAUAUUCUAAAGAACUGGCCAAAAGACAACAAACCAGGAGUUUAAAUUCAUAUUAUUGUAUUCAUAUAAUUAUUUUCUUGGAAUUACAUGACCUACAGUGCUGAUCAUUCCAGAAACCAAAGCAUAGCUAAAAUUCGGAGAUGGUUAUAAACAGCUCAAAUUUUUUAUGGGGCCAAAAACUUGUAAUAACAAACCUCGCACAGUUCCUCUGAAAAGAAAUUCUAGAAAAGUAAAUAGCACUUAAAAGAUAAAACCCUCUCUCUUCUAGGCUCAACUGUGUUUCAAACACACCCCCAGGAAUGGCCCUGCAAUUAAGCAUUUAAAUAUAACAUUGACAAAUGCUGAUUACAAAAAGAGAAGCAAAAUCAAAUUUUUGGCUCUCAUUAAACACCUAGUGAUACAAGGUACUUUUUUUGUAAUGAAUAUUUAGUGUUCUGAAAUGUGAGAGAAAAAAAAUCUAAAUAAGUACCGUAAUGAUCUGUAUGUGCUGUUCAUGUGACGAGGAAGUGUACUGUAAUGGGUUUAAGAUAGUCUCAUCUUUGAAUAGGGAGAAAAUAUUCUAAAUAUCUUUUAAGACAACAAAGAGGGAACAACUAAAACAAUGAAAAUAAAGCGAUGUAAAAGGAAAACAACCAAGGGACGUCAUGUAAUUUCAAGUUGAGUUCAUGUCUUGUGUCAAACUAUCUCUUGCACUUCAGACCUUAUUUUUCUUAUUCAAUGAAAGAACCUUUCCGAUGACUUUGUUCAAACAGGACUGUUUCCUGUCACAUUCGAGACUGGUUGUCUUACAGAGUACAAAAAGUGGUAGACAGACAUCUUGAAAUGAGAUAAAAAAACCAAAAAUAACACUACCUCCUCUUCAAAAACUGUUCAACACCUAGCCAGUGCAAAACUAAACUCUCUUAGAGGUUUUUUCCUAACACUCAUCCUCAAUGAUUACAAUGAAUGCCAAACUUGUUGUUACACUUACUGUAUGACUGACAAAACCUAAAAAGAAAAAAAAAGCUAUUUGGUUAUCUGGACUCCCUUACACAUCUGCUUGAGCCCAAAAACAGAGUUGUUUUACAUUACAUAUGAUUAAGAAUGACUACCUCUCCUUAAACCACAUUUAACGCACUCUCCACAUCUCAAAAUGUGUUGUGAAGUUUUCACUAUACACAUAUAUACAUACACAUAUAUGUAAAUGACCAGUUUUCUAUCAGCUGUUAAAAACUGACCACCCGGUUAGCACUGAGCUCUGUGAACAGCCUCUCAGCUGUGUGCUUUUGCUGUACGUGUGCAUAUUCGUGAUCAGGCUUAGCUCUUAAAGGCUGGUCAUUAAUGGAUAUGCAUUGUUGCAGGGAGCUGGUUGUCAGAAGUAGUGAUGGGCUGAAUAUGACAGUGCACACACUUGCACUUGUGCACGCACACAGUGGUACAACAGAAGCUUAGAAUCGGGGCUAUGGGUUAGUACAAACGGAGGCUUCGACCAUCCAGAUUUCCAAAGACCCAAAACACAGCAGUACCCCUUCACCCAAACACUCACAGAGACGUUGAGAGGGCUCACACACGUAUUGAAACUUAUCACUACUACUUGUAAGAUCCAAACCAAGAGGAACUGCUGCAUCCAGUACAUUGAUGAUAUCUGACUUGUGCUUUAAGGUACACCUGUAAACAAAACUGUUUUAUAAAGAUGUAGAUUGUUCACAGGUCACCGCAUAACACUUCUGUUCUUUCUCCAGCUUGGCAUAACAUGAUGUAUUGUUGUUUAUUAAUGUUUGGCUAAUCUCUCCAGGGCUUUCUUUUCCAUUUUUUCCUUUGAGUUUCUUUGCUCCUUUGGGGUUUCUUUUUUUUUGCACCUGUUAAGCUAUUGUAAAGCUUUCAGCUCGGAUUUCUAUGCUGUUCUGCUAAUGCUGAAUAUAUGUAUUUAUCAUUUUAAGUGCUGCAGGUAACUUGGUUUAAUAGUUUUGUUUGGCUUUUUUUUUUCUUUUAUUUGUUUUUUUCUGUUUUUCAUUUCAUCAUAAAACGUCUGGGACGCUGAUUUUUUUUAAGUGUGUUAUCAAAAAAAAAGAAAAAAAGAAAAGAAUUAAAGUUAGAUCAGUGGUUUAGGUAACACCUGUUUGUAUAUUUAUCUUAGCUAGAUCUAUUUUGAUACUUUUUUGUCUCUGUACUGCAUUUAUGCAUUUUUAAGGUAAGAAAAAAAACAACAAAUGGAAAACAAACUAAAAAGUUUCUUCAUUAUGUAUUGAUACCUCAGAAGGACUUUUUCUCAAAGACAGGACCAAAACCUCUGAAAAGAAAAAGAAAAAGAGGAAAAAGUGUAAGAAUAUGUAGCCCCUCUCUUGCUUUAAAGAAAUAAAAUGCAGAGUUGUAGAGAAGUAUUGCUGUUGGUCCUUCCAGGGGCCAAUAUGUGUCCUUGCUCCCUGUGACCCCUCCCUCUGACCCCUGACCCCUGUCAUUCCUGCGCUGAACUCCGACCCGCAGAGCUGUCAAUCAUCGGCAGGUGCCGUGGGGCUGUUGCUGAGUCUAACACCUGGCAGGUGGUGACCAGCCACAAAGCUCAUCUCCCACUCCCAGUCACAGAGGGAGAUCAAAGACUGACGCUGUUGUUGCAUUUUUGAUACUCCUCUUCUUGUGUAGUCUCAAUACCAAAAUGUGGAAUGGCUCUCAGAGAUGCAGCUCAUCCUCUGACUACCAAAGGCAUUGCGAGCCAACAUUGCUUAGUCCAAACACAUGAACUGUAACCAAACUGUAACCAAACCAAUGCCACAACUUUUAACCAACCAAAAAGCAAGCUACUUCCAAAACUCUCCAUCGACUUCACUGAUCACCUUUACUGACAGCCGUUAUCCCUCUUACAUCUACAUAACUGCUGUUGGAGCAGCCUGCAUCCCGCUGGCUGGUGUCCAACUUAGAGGACGCAGGGAGAUCGAAUCCUGAUGUGUGAUUGGUCAGUUCUGAGGUGUCAUUUGAGGGGGAAGGGACUCUCAAAGUGGAGCAUUGCCUGAUGGUGUUGUGAAACAGCGAGAAAUUGAUGGAACUACCACUUCAGCGCUCCUCUGGUUAAACCUUAGGAAUGUGUGUACAUUUUCAGCAGUGACUCUCUUUAUUGAUUCUUAGUUCAGUUUACCUGUUUACCUCCCUUUAUCCUUUGGUUUUUGUUAUUUUUCUUGUUAUUUGAAAGUGUGACCCGAGGAAGACGUGGGAACAGGGACUGGGUGGUGGCUUUAGACGGACAGUGGAACCCAGCCCUAUGACCCUCCACCCCGGGGUAGCCAUGUAAUGCCAGUCACUGCCCUUUCCUUCAUGCUGUAUAAAAACACACACAUUUAUCUGUGUAUUUGUAACCUGAAUCUUCUUGUGUCUGUCCAUGCAGACAAUAAAAAACUGUACAGUAGGUCUAGUUGCAUGUAAUCUGUACUAAUUAUUGACAAUGGCAUUAUAAAAUGCAAUAAAAUACUUAUUACACUGUC